AUGUCAAUCCAUUCAGUGAGACGAUCCCAGAACCAUCUAGCCUGGGACAAGAGUAUCCGGCCCGUGGUCUAUGCCCAGUCAGGCGAUACGAUCGCCUUUGAUUGCCUGGAUUCGUCCAAUGGCCAGAUCACACCAGCCUCCACUGCAUCAACGCUCUCUUCCCUCGUGGUUGCAGAGCUUGACCAAGUCAGUGGCCCUGUUCACAUAGAGGGCGCACUACCCGGAGAUACGCUGCAGGUCGACGUCCUGGAGAUCGAGACGGCUGAUUGGGGUUGGACUGGACUCAUUCCUGGAUUCGGGGUCCUGCUUGACGAGUUCCCUACGCCGGCAUUGAAGAUCUGGGAGCUGGAUAAGGAGAACGGGUUCGCCUGGUUCGAUCGCGAGAAGGGGAUAAAGAUCCCCUUGCGACCAUUUCCUGGCGAGAUGGGCGUUGCGCCAGGCAAGGAAGGGGCAUUCUCGACCAUUCCUCCGUACAAUACCGGAGGUAAUCUGGAUACAAAGUAUCUCCACGCGGGGUCCACGCUGUACUUACCCAUAGAAGCGGAAGGAGCGUUGUUUUCAAUUGGGGACGGUCACGCAGCCCAAGGUGACGGAGGUAAGUGUUGUGCUCUCGAGACGCCGAUACACGUAAAGGUACGGCUCACAAUACGCAAAGACAAAGCGUAUACCAAGACGCCACACUACACCACCACCGAAGCGGUUUCUCGUGAAGACUAUUACUGUACUACUGGAAUUGAUUCGGACAUCAAAACAGCUAUCAGAGCCGCAGUGCGGUACAUGAUAGACUAUCUUGUCGCCGAACACCAGCUAGGCCGAACGGAGGCCUACAUGCUUUGCGGCGUUGCAGGAGAUCUUAAACUACACGAAGUGGUUGAUAUGCCCAACUACGUUGUUGGCAUGAUGAUUCCAAAGUCCAUCUUUACUCUCGCGUAG